UUCAGUGCAGUAAACUAGGGGUUGUGAGCCGGGGCAGAUUUUUAAGCUAGCAAAUCUGAGACUCUGGUAAGGAUUAUUCGCUAGGUUUUCUUCAAAGGUUAGGAGGCAAAAGACUGCGUUUCCCAGUGCUGUUGGAGGCUAGCUUGACAAUAUUUCUCGGAAGAACAUGGCAGAAAAUGCAAUGGAGGCCGGAGGAGAGCGCUUUCUUAGACAAAGGCAAGUCCUGUUUCUCUUUGUUUUUCUGGGUGGGUCUCUGGCUGGGUCCCAGUCGAGACGCUACUCUGUGGCUGAGGAAAAAGAGAGGGGGUUUUUAAUCUCCAAUCUAGCAAAGGAUCUGGGGCUGAGUGUACGGAAACUGGCCGCGAGGGGGGCCCAAGUUGUGUCUAAAGGGAACAGACAGCAUUUUCAGCUCAACCAUGAGACCGGUGAUUUGCUCCUGCAUGAGAAAUUGGACCGGGAGGAGCUAUGCGGCUCCGCAGAGCCAUGCAUACUGCAUUUUCAGAUAUUACUGCAAAACCCCUUGCAGUUUAUUACAAAUGAGCUCCAGGUCAUAGACGUAAAUGACCAUUCUCCGGCAUUCUCUGAAAAUGAAAUGCAGCUGAAAAUCCUAGAAAACACUCCACCAGGAACAAUAAUUCCUUUGGGAAAUGCUGAAGACUUGGAUGUGGGAAGAAACAGUCUCCAAAACUACACGAUCACUCCUAAUUCCCAUUUCCACGUUCUCACACGCAGUCGUAGGGAUGGAAGGAAGUACCCAGAACUAGUACUAGACAAAGCACUGGAUCGUGAGGAGCAGCCAGAGCUUAGGUUAAUGCUCACUGCGCUGGAUGGCGGGACUCCACGGAGGUCUGGGACCGUCCAGGUUCACAUCCUGGUCUUAGACAUAAACGACAACACCCCAGAAUUUACACAGUCCCUCUAUGAGGUUCAAGUUCUAGAGAACAGCCCCGUUAACUCUCUUAUUGUCACUGUUUCAGCUUCUGACUUAGAUACAGGAAAUUUGGGGACAAUAUCAUAUGCAUUUUUUCAUGUUUCUGAAGAAAUUAGAAAAACUUUUCAACUAAAUCCAGUUACUGGUGAUAUCCGACUAAUCAAAUAUUUGAAUUUUGAGGCGAUCCAAACUUACGAGGUGGAUAUAGAAGCCAAGGAUGGUGGAGGCCUUUCAGGAAAAUCAACAGUGAUAGUUCAGGUGGUUGAUGUGAACGACAACCCACCAGAACUGACCUUGUCCUCAAUUACCAGCCCUAUCCCAGAGAACUCGCCAGAGACUGUGGUGGCUGUUUUCAGUGUUUCCGACCUAGACUCUGGAGACAAUGGGAAAAUAGUGUGUUCCAUCGAGAACGAUCUCCCCUUCAUCCUGAAACCAUCUGUAGAGAAUUUUUAUACCCUAGUGUCGGAAGGAGAGCUGGACAGAGAGAUCAGAGCCGAGUACAACAUCAGCAUCACCGUCACAGAUAUGGGGACACCGAGACUGAAAACCCAGCACAACAUAACCGUGCUGGUGUCCGACGUCAACGACAACGCCCCCGCCUUCACCCAGACCUCCUACACCCUGUCCGUCCGCGAGAACAACAGCCCCGCCCUGCACAUCGGCACCGUCCGCGCCACAGACAGAGACGCGGGCGCCAACGCCCAGGUCACCUACUCACUGCUGCCGCCCCUCGACGCGCACGUGCCCCUGGCCUCCCUGGUGUCCAUCAACCCGGACAACGGCCACCUGUUCGCCCUGAGGUCCCUAGACUACGAGGCCCUGCGGGCGUUCGAGUUCCGCGUAGGCGCCGCCGACCGCGGCUCGCCCGCGCUCAGCAGCCAGGCGCUGGUGCGCGUGCUCGUGGCGGACGACAACGACAACGCGCCCUUCGUGCUGUACCCGCUGCAGAACGCCUCGGCGCCCUGCACCGAGCUGGUGCCCAGGGCGGCCGAGGCGGGCUACCUGGUGACCAAGGUGGUGGCGGUGGACGGCGACUCGGGCCAGAACGCCUGGCUGUCGUUCCAGCUGCUCAAGGCCACGGAGCCCGGGCUGUUCGGCGUGUGGGCGCACAACGGCGAGGUGCGCACGGCCCGGCUGCUGAGCGAGCGCGACGCGGCCAAGCACAGGCUGGUGGUGCUGGUCAGGGACAACGGCGAGCCGCCGCUGUCGGCCAGCGUCACGCUGCACGUACUGCUGGUGGACGGCUUCUCGCAGCCCUACCUUCCGGCCCCGGAAGCGGAAGCGGCGGACGCGGCGCCCGCCGCCCCGCUCACCGUCUACCUGGUGGUCGCCUUGGCGUCGGUGUCGUCGCUCUUCCUCUUCUCGGUGCUGGUGUUCGUCGCGGUGCGGCUGUGCAGGCGGGGCGGGGCGGCCUCGGUGGGUCGCUGCUCGGUGCCCGAGGGCCCCUUUCCGGGCCACCUGGUGGAUGUCAGCGGCACGGGGACCCUGUCCCAGAGCUACCAGUACGAGUUCCCUCCUUCAGAUUUCAACCUGACAUGAUUUAGGAUUAUGUAUGGUCCUUCUGGGAUAAACACUGCCCAACCACAUCAGCAUUCUAC